GGGGAGGGAGCGCCGGUUCCCGCCCCGGAAGCGGAAGUGCGGACGCCGCGGGGUCCUGUCCAGUGCGAGCCCGGCCGGUGCGCCAGCCAUUCCGCCCGCCGGUCACAUCGCGCCCUCUCCGCUGCCCGUUUCCCCCGCUCGACGGCCUCGCCAUGCUGUCUCUAGAUUUUUUGGACGAUGUGCGGCGAAUGAACAAGCGGCAGCUGUAUUAUCAAGUCCUAAAUUUUGGAAUGAUAGUUUCCUCGGCACUAAUGAUCUGGAAGGGGUUAAUGGUCAUAACUGGAAGUGAAAGUCCGAUCGUAGUGGUGCUCAGUGGCAGCAUGGAACCUGCAUUUCAUAGAGGAGAUCUUCUCUUUUUAACAAACCGAGUUGAAGAUCCCAUCCGAGUGGGAGAAAUUGUUGUUUUUAGGAUAGAAGGAAGAGAGAUUCCUAUAGUUCAUCGAGUCUUGAAGAUUCAUGAAAAGCAAAAUGGACAUAUCAAGUUUUUGACCAAAGGAGAUAAUAAUGCAGUUGAUGACCGAGGCCUCUAUAAACAAGGACAACACUGGCUGGAGAAGAAGGAUGUCGUGGGGAGAGCAAGGGGAUGAGGAAACACAGACAAGUUAGGCUGCUUAUCCAAGGCCACACUGACGAUGGGAGGCGUCUGGCCGACUCUGGAACCCACCCUCUGGACCAUCCCACCAAAAGUCCUGGCAUAAUGCUUCUGAAGUGGAUAGCUGCCGGUUCUCACUAUUUAGAUGCCCCAUGGGGCUCUGACCCCUGUCAGAACGUCCCCUCCUUAUGUAGACACUGGGUUCACAGUGAUUCCGCUGGAGAUCAGCCACCACACUGAGGAGUUCCCUUCCCACAGAGAGUGCAGCGUGAGAGAGCUGCCUCAGCUGUAGCAUGAGAGGUGUUGGUUUGGGGCCAGAGAGAUUGGAGCAGCACAAGCACUGGUGUGUUUUGUCUCCUGUAAAGCUGUUUGUGUGCAUGCCUCCAGUUCGAGGGAACUCCUUUUCCUAUGUUGGAGCUAAGUAUACCUUUUUUUAAAAAAGAUUUUAUUUACUUUUAAGUAAUCUCUACACCCGGGGCGUCUGGGUGGCUCAGUCGGUGAAGCGGCUGACUUCGGCUCAGGUCACGAUCUCACGGUUCGUGGGUUCGAGCUCCGCAUCAGGCUCUGUGCUGACGGCUCGGAGCCUGGAGCCUGCUUCGAAUUCUGUGUCUCCCUCUCUCUUUCUCUGCCCCUCCCUCACUCACACUCUCUCUCUCUCUC